AUGAGGAAAACGAACAGUACGUGGGUGGUGCAGAAGUAUGGGGGAACAAGUCUGGGCAAGCUCCUAGAUACGAUAACCGGAGAAAUCAUUCCCAGCUCCCUUGAGCAUGAUAGAGUGGCAAUAGUCUGUUCCGCACGAUCUGGCACAACCAAGUCCACUGGCACGACCAAGCUACUGCUUGAAGCCAUCUCUCAUGCCACAGACCCCAGCCUUGGGUCGGGCGAGCGACUUGACAAUGCUGUUAGCAUUAUUCGAGAUCAGCACCUGGAAGCUGUGAACUCAGUUGUUGGCGAUGGGUCCAGAUAUGCCGGUGGAUUCUUUGGGGCAAUGCCACAUUCCCUUCUUCACAGCGUUGGCCGGGGCUAUUCAGACUUCUGCGCAGCGAUGUGUGCUGUGGGCAUCGGCGCUCGUGAAGUCCAGAUAUGGAAGGAGGUCGAUGGGAUCUUUACCGCGGAUCCUAACAAAGUGCUGUCGGCUAGGCUGCUCGCGACAGUGACUUGCGAAGAAGCAGCAGAGCUGACCUAUUUUGGGAGCGAAGUACGUGGUCCUGACCUGCUUUCUUCUCCAGUCCUUCCGGCCACCUCGAACUGUGUAGAUCUUACCGGAUUCGCGCUGUGA